AUGAAGUUGGCGCCGUUGUGUGUGUUGGUGGCGGCUGUGGCGGGAGUCGCCGCGGGAGAGUUGGCGGCUCCUGAGAGGUCCUACAAGAUCCUCAUGCUCCUCCCUGUCACAACCAAGAGCCACAGGAACGUCUUCAUGCCUCUCGCUGAGGCUCUGGCCGACCGUGGUCACGAGGUAGUGAUGUUGACCAACCACCCAAAGUCAUCCAGACAUCCGAAUGUCCACGAGGUUACUCACGGUCUUCCGUACUUCAAGGAGAAGAAUAUGAACAUGUUUGACGUCAGGAAAGACCUGACACAUUUAGUGAAAGAGUUGCCAGCCAUCGCCAGGGAAAUGUAUCACGUUCCAGCCGUGAAGGAUCUCUACCGGAGAAGGAAAGAGUUUGACCUCAUGUUAAUCGACUUCUUGUUCAAUGACGUGGGUGCAUCUCUCGUGAACUUUGCGUUUAAUUGA